AUUUAUCCAAGUAGUUCUUCUUCUUGAAGAGUUGAAGGGGCGAGUUUCAAAGUUCAAAGCGGCUCAAAACCUGAACUUCCCCGCCAUAGCAGUAUUUUGCUUAGUUCUAAGCUCAAAUGACAAUGGCGGCAAUGGCGGUUCUUCCUUCCCGCUUUAUCAAGUGCUUUUCUCUCUCCUCCGCUUCUGCUCCUGUCAGCACCCUCCAAGAAAUCGCCUCCGCUUCUCCUCAAGGAGUUGCGAAGGUUGUUCUAAAGAAAGGGAAGACCCAACUCUUCAAGUAUGGAAGUCCUAUGGUCUACAGCGGGGCAGUUGAUAGAAUAAUUGGUAGACCGCCUCCCAAGACUGGAGAAGUUGUUUUGGUAGCUGAUGGAGCAGAAGUCCCAAUAGGAUGGGGCUUAUACAAUUCCGUUUCUAUGUUUUGUGUUCGUUUAAUGCAGCUAGAGGAGGAAGCUUCGAGAGAGCCUACAUGUGCAUUGAACAUGGAGAGACUACUGGAGCAUAGAAUUAAUGCUGCCACAGAUUUACGAAGACAAUUGGGGCUCCCUUCUAUAAACACAAAUGCAUAUCGUCUUGUCAACAGUGAAGGAGACAGGUUGUCCGGGCUAAUUGUUGAUGUGUUUGGUGAUGUAGCUGUUGUUGCAUCUUCUGCUGCUUGGGUUGAGAAAUACAAGCAAGAAAUAGAGGCUUUUAUCAAUAAAGUUGAUGGAAUUAGUCAUAUAAACUGGAGACCUUCUGUUGACAUACUUAAAGAAGAGGGUUUAGACCUUUUACAAUUAAAGCAUGCAUCUGUUGCUUCUCCUUCACAAGUAGAGGUCAAGGAAAACGGCAUUAGAUAUGCUAUUUCUCUCGAGGGACAGAAAACAGGAUUUUAUGCUGAUCAGCGUGAAAACCGCCAGUUCAUUUCGACAAUUGCAAAAGGCAAGAGGGUCCUUGAUGUAUGCUGCUACAGCGGUGGGUUUUCUCUUAAUGCAGCACACGGUGGUGCUGUAUCAGUGACAGGUGUUGACUCAUCAAUGCCUGCUUUGGAGCUUGCAGAAAAAAAUAUUGUACUCAAUGGUUUAGAUUCCGAGAGAAUAACAUUUUUGAAGCAAGAUGCAUCCGACUUUAUGAAGAAAGCUGCUGCUCGAAAUGAGACAUGGGAUAUUGUCGUUUUAGACCCUCCUAAAUUGGCACCUCGGAAAGAGGUUCUACAAAAUGCAUCUGGAAUGUAUAGGAAUCUAAAUGCCUUAGCCAUGAGAUUGACGAAAAAGGGUGGUGUCCUAAUGACUUGCUCUUGUUCUGGUGCUAUGACACAGAGUGGGACGUUCAUGCGUGUUAUCCAGGGUGCAGCGGCAAUGGCAGGCAGAAAAGUGACUAUAUUACGACAAGCUGGAGCCGCAAGUGAUCAUCCAAUUGACCCAUCAUACCCAGAAGGAGCUUAUCUUUCCAAUAUCAUGCUCAGAGUUCUAUAAGACGCGUUUUUGUAGGCAAUAAAUCAGACUGUAACGUAAAAACCUUACGUGUAUGUAUAUUCAUAAAAUUAAACAUAAUACAUUUCUCUCGUAGUAGUA